AUGAUAGCUUUUCGUUAUUUCGCCGCCGUCAUUUUCGUUGUUGUAAGUCAAGUUCGACUGAAAUUUUCAGCUGAAAAUCUGAAAUUUCCAGAUGGGUUCGUUGGUUUGUUGGUUCAAUGGGAAAGUGGCGUUUCGGAUGAAGAAAGAGGUUGAAAGUUUUCACAAGAUUUGUAUGAAUAAGGCGAUUGCGAAUGUUUUGAUUGGUUUGGCGUUUUUGAUUUGGUGUGCACCAUCUGCGUUUUUGGGUGAGUUCUGGGAGUAA